AUGGAGCAAGCUUAUGAUAGUAUGGGUUGGAGAACCUUGAAACAAGUUGAAUGUGGGUUCAGACAGGGAUGCCCUUUAUCCUCAUACUUGUUUAUUAUGUGCUCUGAACUACUAACUGAAGCAUUCAAAAGGAAUGGAAGCAAGAUAGGAGUGAAGGUGGCACCUAAAGCAGAUAUUGUCUCUCAUCUUCAAUAUGCAGACAACAUCAUUAAUUUUUCGGAUGCUACUCGGAAAAAUGCAAGGAAGAUUAAGAAGAUUUUGAAGAAUUAUAGUAGUUGGACUGGGCAAAAAAUUAGUAAUACGAAAUCUUCUAUGAUUUUCGGCAAAGCUGUACAAAGAGGCAUGUCUAAAGUCCUUUCCAAAUUUAUGGGUUUUAAAGUAGUGGAUGAAAUGAAUUACCUUGGCAUCAAAAUGACUUUUAGAAGGCUCAAAGCUUCAGAUUAUCAAGAUGUUCUGGAAAAAGCUUAUGAUAAACUUAACGGUUGGGGCAAUCUAGCUCUUACUCUUGCUGGUAAACUACAAUUAAUCAAAACUUCUUUACUUUCUAUCCCAGUUUUUAUUUCUACUCACUCUCUUGUUCCCAUGGGAGUGUUGAGAGAUCUUGAAAAACUGUGUAGAAACUUUCUCUGGACAAAACAGGACAAAAGCUCGGGUAUCCAUUAUGUUGAAUGGAAACAACUUUGUAGGCAAAUAAAGUUUGGAGGGCAAGGUGCAGUGUCUGCACCCGAUAGAGUUGGCUCUUGGAGAGCAAAAUUUGCUUGGAAUUUGUUCUCAAUCCCUGAUUCAUUGUUAAAUAGAAUUCUUAUUGCCAAGUAUGGCAAGAAUUUCUGUUUUUCUGAAAUUAAACUAGGGAGUUCUCCUACUUGGAAAAUUAUCAAUAAUGGUGGUAAAUUCCUUCAACAAAUUGUUAAAUGGAAAGUUUCGGAUGGUGAAAGCAUUAAUACCACUAAGGACAUUUGGAUCCUUGAUAAAUCUAUUAACAAAUGGCCUACCUUUGUCUCUAAUAUCCACGAUGAACAAAGUUGUUUGAAGCAUUACAUUCAUAAUGGAAGCUGGAACUUCAAUAAUCUAAAUCAAUCUUUUGGAAAGGAAUUAGUUGAUCAAAUUUCUUCUGUUCCAAUCAAUGUUGGAAUUCAGGGAGACGAUUUGGAGAAUCUUUUCAAAUACUCAGGAACUAUUACUCGAAAUGGGAAAUAUGCACCUAUUGAUAUCAGAAGUUGGGAUCAAAUGCCAAAGUCUUUAAAGAAAAAUAUGUUAGAAGUUGUUCAGGAGAAAUUUGAGAUAACUCGUGGUAGUGAUGUAUGGGUUCUUCAAUCAAUUGGGAAGAAAUGGAGGAAUUCGAAAGCUGACGUUAAAUCUCGAUAUUAUGAUCCAAAUAUGCCUACUGAAUUACAACUAUGUAAUGUGCCAAAAAGGAUACUCAAGGAUCAAUGGAAAAAUCUUAUAUCAUAUAGGAAUUCAGAAGAAUCAAUGAUAUAUUAUCAUAACUUGUAA